AUAAAGCCCGAUAAAGCUAACAUUGAAGGAGGGGUGGACGCCUCCGAUAAGAGAAUCCCAUAGCAAGAACUGCACCUGGCGACCUUUCCUAAGAAUGAUGCGAUCUGAUGCACAAUGCACACGGGAUCAACUCUAAAUGGUUUAAUGCUCCAAUGCUCCUACCAUUAACAUUUAUGGAGGGCUACCACCCGCCCGCAGAUUCCGAAAUGCAAUGACUUUUAAAACCCCGUGCACGCCUGCCCAACUGUAUAUGAACCUAAUAUGUGACCUUUAAAUGUUUGCUGUCCACCCUGGGCAAGGUUCUAAGUUAUUCAUUACUACAUACACAUACAUCUUCGUACAUAUAUAUCUUGAUCUGUAUAUUUAUAGGUCUCACGGAUGCGGGGUUUGAUGCUGUUACUUGCCUACCCUCAGGCCCUUACAUAUUCUCUGUUGUACGGAUUGAGCUGGACCUGGGCUGGACUUUACUCCUUUAUUUGAUAGCCAGGUUGCCUCUCGGAACCAGCAAACAAACACCAAAACAAAACAAACAUCGCGUGAACUUACCACGCUUAUUAGACGUCCAACCGCUGUUGAGAUGUACUCCAUCAUGUUCAACGAGGUGCUCCCAUCUCCUUCCCCUUCUACACCUCCGCUGCCACGAGCAGCAGAUCCAGGGCCCAGGUUCCCAAUUUACCUACUCCCAAGUCUUAAUAUGCAAUUUCGCCGAAGACGACAAAGUUCCAAUUCGAGCAGUGGAAAUCCGUCAAGUGACAUGCCACCGUCCUUGAGUUCAUCGCCAACAGACUCAGGACCAUCAAGCCCAGUAGAAAGUAGCUCACCGAAAACACCAUCGUCAUUUAUGCCUAUGUCCUUACUCUCCAAUCUUUUAAACAAGACGAAGGACAAACAUCCCCAAUCGUUAGUAGAACCUUCGGAGACUACGAGGCUUACACGAGCUCAGCCCAACACGAUUAAAUGUUCUACCUGCGCUUCCGAUUUCGCCUUCGGCUCGCAGCUCGUCAGUAAGGGAUUUACGGGCCGAUACGGGCGCGCCUAUUUAGUGGCACCGCCAGAUAACCCCCAUAAGGCCGCUAAGGAUAAAGGCCUUAUCAAUAUCAAAGUCGGCAGAUCCGAGACCCGUCUUUUGGUAACUGGAUCUCAUGUUGUUGCGGACAUCACAUGUGCUGUCUGUCAUACGAAGAUAGGCUGGAAAUAUAUUGACGCAAAAGAUGAGGGACAGAAAUACAAGAUCGGAAAGUUCAUUCUGGAGACGCAGAGAGUUGUUGUCUAUCGAAGCUGGGAAGACACCGUAGCCGAUGAUAUGCUCGAGUUCGAAAUGGACCUGUCAGAUCAACCAGCUGGAAAUGGUGAGGAGCCCAUCAUAUUCGACUCGGACGACGAAGAUGAAUGCGAAGAUCUGUUUGCGGGAUGUUGGGAUCCUGAGGUUGCUGCUAAGAGGCGAGCCCGGAAGGUCAACCGGCGCCAAAAGACCGGUCCGCAUUAAUUUCAGUCAUGAUGGUGGGGAACAUUUAUUGCAUCAUAUGGAGUUCUCAUUAUAAUACCCAGUAAUGGAUUCAAGGGCAGGGAGCCCGAGGUAUUUCAAAGUCCCAGAUACCCUAAGGAUAGGACUCGAUAAUGGGAGGAAUUAAUGUUUUCGGUGUGGGAACCUAACAAUUUGGAUAGUUCUGGGCGUUUUAGAAUCUGCGAUGUAGGUGUUUUCAAACUAACAAGUAAUAUUGAUACCCUCAUUAGGACAUUUUGAUGAUGUUAUUCUUUCCAGCCAUGAUCAUUGAAUGGUAGGAACAGAAUAUUAAUCUAUUUUUUGUACACACAAUG